AUGUCAGUCUACUCGCAUGACGAGGAACAUGACCCUCAAGCGGACGAGCUCCGCGAGACAGCCCUGGUCACGCUCGAGGCCUUGAUUAGCUCUUGCAACCAGCAAAUGCUGCCAUACCUGGCCAACACGACCCAAGCUGCCCUCCGGUUCCUUAAAUACGACCCCAAUGUCGCCGAAAACGAAGACGAUGAAGAAAUGGGUGGGACCCAGGACGACGGAAGCGACGACGAUGCCACCGAGGAGCCUGACAUGAGUGACGAUGAAUUUGAGGAUUUCGAAGAGGAGGAUGGAUAUAGUGAUAUCGAUGAUAUGAGUUGGAAGGUCCGCCGUUGUGCUGCCAAGCUCCUCUACUCCCUGAUCUCGACCUAUGGCCACAGUCGUGCCCUCGAUGACUCCGCCUUAUACCAGAAGAUUUCGCCGGCCUUGAUCUCUCGAAUCAGUAAAGAACGAGAGGAGAGCGUGAAGCUGGAGGUUGUGUCAACUCUCACUGCCCUUGUCCGCAAGACCAGUGAGGGCUCUGUCAUCGUCACCUCGAACGGCUUUCUAGAGGCGGUCGGAGGAUCCAAAAACUCCCGCAAGCGCCUAUGGUCGACUUCGAACCCAGCUCUGGCCCCCCAGGCUGACCUAGCUCGAUCUGUGCCAUUGGUUGUCCAGAGCUUGGUGAAAGUGUGGAAGCAAGCCUCUAUGCCUCUCCGCCAGGCCGUCAUUGUACUUCUGAAAAGCCUCUCCCUGGUUCGAUAUGGUGGACUGGCCGAUCAUCUGCAGCAGAUCGAGGAUCUCAUCGCGGAUGCUCUCAAGACAUCUUCUCUCUCGGGAAGCUCUACUACUCAUGCUGGUGCUGCUGUUAGCGCAGGUACCUUGCAGAUCGAAACACUGGGUCUUGUCUCCGCUAUUGCUGAAACACACAUGUCUGACGCCCUACUUCCUUUCCUCAUUGCUCUAGUCCCCGGCGUGGUGGCAGCCGUCAAUGAACGAAAUUACAAGGUCAGCAGCGAGGCACUUGGCGCGGUCGAACAAAUAGUCAAAGCUCUUACGCCCCCUCGUGUGUCUGCCAAUGCUUCCGAUGUCUCUAUGCAGCUAGUGACACUGUACGACGUGAUCCUGGCUCGUAUUACUGACACCAGUGCCGACCUGGAAGUUCGACAGCGCGCUAUCCAUGUCUUUGGUGUGCUUCUAGCACGCACCUCUGGCGAUAGAGGCGUUGACUACCUUUCUGGAGACCACCGUUCCAGAGGUCUCGCCGUGUUGGCAGACCGAGCGAAGAAUGAAACCACUCGCCUGUCUGCUGUUCGGGCGAUUGAUGAUGUGCUUGUCUUGGCCAAUCGCAAGGAGGAUAUCGAGGCCAAUUGGGUCAAUGAGGUGACCCAUGAACUUGGCUCCAACCUCAGGAAGUCCGAUCGUGCACUUCGGGGCUCAUGCCUCGAGGCUCUUCGAAGUCUGGCUAUGAACUCCUACACCCGAACUCAGCUCACCCCGCAAACAAUGACAUCGCUUGAGGCCGCUCUCCUGCCUUUGCUCUCGGCACCUGAUUUUCAUCUCCUCACACCGACACUUAUUAUCAUCGCCAAACUUGUGCCUGCCGAUUCCAAAUCCCUUGUGAACGAGGCUUUGAUUGUCGCGAUCUGCUCUAUCGUGAAGCAGCCGCUCAUCGGCACUGUCCUGAAAGCUCUACUUCUCCUUGUUAAGGUCAUUGGAGAAGAAGGAGCGGGGGCACAGCUGAUGCAAAAUCUUCUACAGAAUGUCGGCAUCACUGGCGAUUCUUCCGUUGUAGGACGGGCCAUUGGUACACUGUUGGUCCACGGCGGAUCUAACCUUGGAGUUACAAUGGAUGAUUUCUCCACCGAGCUGCGCACUGCGGAGGACGAUAGCCGGAAAUGUCUUGCUCUUGCCAUCUUGGGUGAGAUCGGUCUACGCAUGGGCGCUGAAUGCUCCCUGACCCCCGAUCUCUUCAUCGCUCAUUUUGGGUCUUCCUCUGACCAUGUCCGCUUGGCUGCUGCGACCGCUCUCGGAAAUGCCGCUGCCGGCAGUGUCAAGGCAUACAUUCCCAUCAUCCUCAAUGGCCUGGACAAAUCCAACGGCCAAAGUUACCUCCUGCUGCAUUCCGUGCGGGAGCUGCUGCAGCACCCCGAAGUUGUUCGCCCCGACCUUGCUCCAUCUGCACUCAAACUAUGGCAAGCACUUCUCGUCGUCUCGGAAGAGGAAGACAACCGUGCUGUUGGCGCUGAGUGCGUUGGCCGACUUGCUCUGAUUGAUCCCGCGUCGUACAUUCCCCACUUCCAGGAGUACAUGUCCAACUCCAACCCCGUCAUCCGAGGCGUCGUCAUCUCCGCCUUCCGCUACACACUUGCCGACUCGAGCAACGCCUACAAUGAUGUGCUGCGGCCGCUCAUGGUACCCCUACUAACCAGCAUGCUCGGCGAGAAGGAUCUGGGCAACCACCGCCUCGCGCUGACCACGCUCAACUCUGCGAUCCAUAACAAGAUGGCACUAGUGCUGCCGCACCUGGGCGAGUUGCUGCCAGCAGUCUUCGGCGACACCCAGAUCAAGCCAGAGCUCAUUCGCGAGGUGCAGAUGGGACCUUUCAAGCACAAGGUUGACGAUGGUCUGGAUCUACGAAAGAGUGCCUAUGAAACCCUCUACGCGUCAUUGGAUACCUCUUUCGCGCGGACCCACAUGGCCGAGCUGUUCGAUCGGGUCAUUGCCGGAGUGGAGGAUGAGCAGGAUAUCCGGGCGAUCAGCAAUUUGAUGACCGUACGACUCAUCAAGAUUGCACCGGAGGAGACGGAACGCCGAUUAGACGCAUUGUCGGAGCGAUACACGACUGUGCUCUCGUUCAAGCCGAAGGACAACGCCGUCAAGCAAGAACUGGAGAAGGCACAAGAGGCGUCCUUGGGAAUCCUGAAGAUUACCAAGGAGCUGAGCAAGGCAUUUCCGGGAGCCGAGGCAUCGAGCGAACUUCACAAGUGGAAGGGAUAUCUGGAGUGGGUUCGCAAGACUUUUGCGUCGCAGUACCAGACGCUGGAGACCGAAUUUUGA